AUGGCGGAUGAGGGAGCCGUGACGGUUUGCGUGCGGGUGCGGCCGCUCAUCGCCAGGGAAAGUGCUCUAGAAGAUAAAGUGUCACUCUACUGGAAAAGUGAAAAUAACACCAUUUCCGAAGUGAACGGUACAAAAGUAUUCAGUUAUGAUCGUGUCUUUCACUCAAGUGACAACACUCAGCAGUUAUAUGAGGGUGUAGCUGUUCCAAUUAUAGAGUCAGCUGUGCAAGGCUAUAAUGGCACCAUUUUUGCUUAUGGACAGACUGCUUCAGGCAAGACAUACACAAUGAUGGGAAAUGAGGAUUGUGUGGGCAUUAUUCCUAAGGCAGUUGAACAUAUUUUCAAGGUUAUUUGUGAGAUUCCAGAAAGGGAAUUCCUGCUGAGGGUUUCUUACAUGGAAAUCUACAAUGAAACCAUUACAGAUUUGCUUUGUGACAUCAGGAAAAAGAAGCCUCUGGGAAUUCGGGAGGAUGUUAAUAGGAAUACAUAUGUGGAAGAUCUGAUUGAAGAGGUGGUGGUUUCCCCUGAACAAGUUAUGAAAUGGAUCAGAAAAGGAGAAAAAAAUCGCCACUAUGGAGAGACAAAAAUGAAUGAACACAGCAGCCGUUCUCACACCAUCUUCAGAAUGAUCAUUGAAAGCAGAGAAAGGAGUGACCCUGCAAAUGCAAACUGUGAUGGAGCAGUGAUGGUAUCCCACCUGAACUUGGUAGAUCUGGCAGGCAGUGAAAGAGCUAGUCAAACAGGAUCUGAAGGUGUCCGACUGAAAGAAGGCUGCAAUAUCAAUAGGAGCCUGUUCAUUCUGGGUCAAGUUAUCAAAAAACUUUGUGAUGACCCUUCUGGGUUUAUAAAUUACAGAGACAGCAAACUGACUCGAAUUCUGCAGAACUCCCUUGGAGGAAAUGCCAAGACAGUUAUUAUUUGCACGGUUACUCCUGUUUCUUUUGAUGAGACACUCAGUACUCUUCAGUUUGCCAAUACAGCCAAAAGAAUGAAGAAUACUCCAAAAGUCAAUGAGGUACUGGAUGAUGAUGCCCUCCUGAAGAGAUACCGCAAGGAAAUUCUGGAUUUGAAAAAGCAGCUGGAGGAAGUGUCUUCAAAGACUCAGAUUCAUGCAGUGGAAAAAGACCAACUGGCCCAGCUGCUGGAAGAAAAAAAUUCUCUCCAAAAGGUGCAGGAAGACAGGAUAAGAAACUUAACUGAGUUGCUGGUGACCUCUGCUUCCUUUUCUUCAAAAAAAAAUGCUAAAGCCAAGAGAAGAAGAAGAGUUACUUGGGCCCCUGGCAAAAUAAACCAGGGAAAUGUAAGCUAUUUUGAAGACUUUGAAAAAACAAGCCUCACUGAAACAAAAAGAAUGAAAAUGUCUUUGUCAGAACUGCCAGAUGUGGAGGAUUCUGUGCUAGAGACUUCUGAACAUGACAACCAAUCUCUGAUGACUACUGAUCAAAUUUCAGAGGAGGAGUGGACUGCUGGACCUAACAUGAAUUGGACUCAGAAAGACUUUGAAGAAUCUGUGCAGCUCUGUGAAGCAUUAGCACUGGAAAAGGAUAUUGCUGUAAAUGAGGUCAAUGUCCUGCAAGCAAACUUGAAUAGCCUAGUAUUGGAAAAUGAGCAGCUGAAAUUAGAAAUAAAUGAAAUGAAGGAGAAACUGAAGGAAAAAGCAGAAAUUGAUGAAUUUGAAGCACUGGAGAAACAAACACAAAAAGAUCAUGAGAUACAACUAAUGCAUGAAAUUACCAAGUUAAAGGAUCUAGUUUCAAAUGCUGAAGUGUACAAUGAGGAACUUGAGACAGAGAUAAACUCCAAAUUGGAACAGCUGAAAGAAAAAGAGAACACAAUAAAGAUGCUACAGAAGCGUGUGGAAGAGUUACAGAAAGCAGGAGGAGAAAAGACAGACACAUCUUUUCCAGUGGGAGAUUCUGAUAAGCUCAUUGAGGAAAUUCAGCAUCUGAGUAAAUCCCUCAUAGACAGUGAAACCGUAGCCUUGGAUGCCAAAAAAGAGUCUGCUUUUCUCAGAAAUGAAAAUCUGGAGCUGAAGGAAAAAAUGAAUGAACUCUUAACUAAUUACAAGCAAAUGCAAAAGGAUGUUCAACUCUAUAAAAGCCAAAUAGAAGCAGGAAAAGCCAGCUACAAAAAAAUGCAAGCUGACUUGCAGAAAGAGUUGCAGUCUGUGUUUCAAGAAAACACAAGGCUGACUUCACUGAUGGAGGGUAAAGUUCCCAAAGAUCUGCUUUUUAUUGGUGAGAUGGAAAAAAAGGCAGCUGACUUAAAAGGAGAACUAGAAGAAGCACUGAAAGAGAAUGCACUUCUACAAAAGCAAGUGAAUGAGCUAUCAGAAUUUCAGAAUCUAUCAAAUACUGUUGAGAUACAGCAGAAAGAGAUUCUUGAAAAAUGUGAGGAACUGCACUCCUUAAAACUGGAAAGAGAAAAACUACUUUCUGAAAUAGCUGAUAAUGAAAUCAGACUGAAACAAAUGACUGAAGAAAUUGGAAAAACAAAAGAUGAUCUAGAGGAUGCGCAACUUAAAUGUGUAAAGUCUGAUCAUGAAUAUGUAGCUCUUAAACAGCUCCAUCAAGAACUAGAGCAGAAAUACAGAGCUGCAUCAGAAAACAAUGAAGAAAUGAAGCUCCAAGUGGAAGUUCUAUCUAAAGAAGCACAUGAGUCUAAAACAACUUUGGAGGAAGUGAAAUUAGAGCUCUCCUGCAAAAUGAAAGAACUGGAAGAAAAGACAGCAGAGCACAAACAACUGCUUGAGGUGAGAGAAGAUUUCAUGCAGGCUCAGCAGAAACUAAAUGAAAUGGAGCAACUAAAAGAGCAAGAAAAGAUUAGAGAAUUGAGACUAGAGGCCAAGGAUUCAGAGAUCCAGUCAGUUCUUCAGCAACUUACUGAAUGUCAGGAAGAAAUAAAACUCCUAACCCAGGAAAGAGAUGACCUGAAGCAAAAAGAGGAAUCUCUUCAGGCUGAAACAGACCAACUUAAAGAGGAUAUAAAGGACACUGUUUCAAUGAAUAUUUUGGCACAUGAAGAACUGAGAAAUGCCCAGAGUUCUCUCAAGGAAUCCUGGGAGACUGUCAAGAAGUUGGAGAAAAGUGUUUCUGAAAAAGAAACUCAGAUUCUGAGUGUUGAAGAGGCACUAGGGAAAACCAUUAAAGAACUCAAUAUGCAGAUAUCACAAAUGGCAGAAGAAAUAAAAAUCAUCUCAUUGGAGAGAGACCAGCUUGCUGCAAAAGAAACAGAAAAUAACACCUGUAGAGAAAGUGAUCAGCUUCAGAUGCUUAAGGAACAAGUGUGUUUACUUACACAAGAGAAGAGUUCACUGCAGGACAAGCUGGACAGUUUCCAUAUGAAAAAAGAAGAGUAUGGAGAAGGAACUCUGAGACCACAGAUUGAAGAAAAAACAAGUGAGCAAGAAUUAAUUGUGCUGAGAGAAGAGCUAAACCAGGCACAAAGGAAACUGCAUGAAAUGGAGGAAGCAAAGGCCAAGGAAUGUCAAAAAGAAUCUGAAAAAGUGGGGAGAACAGAUUUUACUCCAAAAUCGUGUGGUUGUCAGGAAGCAAGCACUCAGACAGAGACAGAUGGAGAUAACCUUAAAAUGCAACUGGAGAAUCUCCAAAAUGAGAGAGAUCAGCUACGAGAAACUGUCCAGAAGACAAGUAGCAUGAAUUCAGAAAUGCAGGAGGAGUUGAGAUGUGCUCGUAACUCUCUCAGACAACACCAGGAGACAAUUUUGGAACUGCAAGGAGGUCUUUCAGAGAAAGAAACUCAGCUCUUAAAAGCACAAGAGGCAUUGAAGCAAACAACUGACGAACUGCAGCAAAAGCUCACAGAAGUAACUGAAAACCUGACUCAUGUCUCUUCUGAAUAUAGCAAGCUACUGGCAGAAAAAGAACAACUUGAAAGAACAACAAAGGAGCAUACAUGUCAGCAGCUUGAGAAAAUUGCUUUACUUAAUCAGGAGAAAGAUGAGCUACAGGAAAUGGUAGAGACUUGUAAAGCAGAAAAAGACCAGUUAGAGGCUGACUGUCAGGAAAGCAAGGAGCAAUCCUUAAAAGUCCUCACAGAAAUGGAAGAACUACAGAAAGAACUAAAGCAUCAGAAAGAGCAAGCUGAUAUCCAGAAGAACAUGCUAGCAAGUGAAAAAGAAAAAUUGCAAAACACUGAAGAAAAACUAAAUGAAGAAAUAAGCAAACUGAAAGAAAAGGCAACUCAGUUGAAUGAGGACUUAAAUUUGGUAACCAAGGAAAGGCACCAGCUACUGGGAGAACUGGAAGAAAAGACAAAGGGUGAUAGUGGUAAACUUCAACAGCUGGAGAAACAGUGUGAUUUGCUGGGACAGGAGAGAGAUCAGCUCCAGGAAAUGCUGGAAGGUAUUCAAGCAGAGAAGAACAAAGUGGAGAUGAACCUACAGGAGAGUAUUAAUAAGAUUAUUGAAACUGAGAAGGAAUUGAAGUGGCAGCAAGAACUCCUCAACAAGGAGAAAGUCAAAGCUGAAGAAAGGGAAGAAACAUUGUUAAAAAUGCAGAGAAGGUCGGGGAUUUUGGAGGACAGCCUAACAAACAGGAUUCAACAGUUAACUGAGAUGUUGAAUAGUGUGUCAUCUGAAAAAGACCAGUUACUGGCUGAAAGAACUAGUCACUCCUCCCAACUUCAAGAACAAAUAUCAUUAAUUAAUCAAGAAAAAGAAGACAUCCACAAGCUUCUCCAGGAGGCCAUAUCUGAGCGGGACCAGCUCAAGACAGAAUUACAAAAGAAUUCUGAGAUGUGUCUGGAAACAAAUGCUAAACUGGAACAUGCACUGGAACAGCUGAAGCAGAGAAACCUGAGUGAUAUGUCUGUCCAGGUAAAUCUACUGGACAAUGCUCCACAGAUGAUUGAUGACACCCUGAAGGAUAAAACCUUGAAAAUUGAGGAGCUGCUUGAGAAAUUCCCAGCUCUGGGGAAGAGGUAUGAAUGUCUGUCUACUGUUUCUCUCAAUCUGAAGCAUGAACUGACCACUCAGAAAGCACUGGUUGCUGCCACAUUGACUCAGUUUUCAGCUGAACACAGCAAACAAGUCAAAAGGCUUCAAGCUGAAAAUGAGAAAAUCAACAGUCAUCUCCAGAGCUUGUUGAACAAACUGAAGUUUCUGUUCACACGUGUUUGCUCGAAGAGAAGUGAAUAUCAUACUGCUGUUUACAAGUGUAAAAUGGAAUUGUUUGAGGAAAAGAAGAAACAAGAUCAGCUCCGAGCUCAGAUGCAGUGUCUCAGUAAGAAUUAUUUGAACCAGAAUGAAAUAUCUGCUCUGGAGUUAAACAGGAGUGAAGCUCUGCACAGUUUGCACUUGGAUGCAGAGAGCAUUCUCAGUGAUGUAUCUGAAAUGGAAACUGAGCUUCUCGGCAUAGAAGCAGAGUUACAGCAAGAAGAAAUUGCUAGAAAAGGAAGAACACAAUUCUGGGAAGCUUGUUCAGUUACUCACUGUGAUGCAGAAGAACUUAAAGAAAAGUUAAAAAAAGAUAAUGAAAGCCUUAUGCAAGUCAUUCACUUCUGGACUCCUAAAGUAAAGAUACUCUUUCAGCUUUCUACAGAGCUAGAGGCCAGGACUGCCAGUUACUGUCAAAAUGCUGAUGCUGAAUCAAAACAGAGAAAAGAGGAAAGUGAAAUGUUGCUUCAGGAACUGAACAGUCUUAAAGAACAUCUGGCCCCUGGUGGCUCUGCCAGUCUUGCAUUACAAGAAGAAAACUACAGGCUUCAUAACAAAUUAAAGGCUGCAGAACAAGAUAGAAAGGCUAUGGAAGUAAAAAUUCAGCAGCUGGAGAAUGUAAUUUAUGAAAAAGGAAAAAACAUCAAAGAGAAGGAUGAGAGGAUAAACAUCUUACAAACACAGAUAAGAAUAAGAACAGAGACAAGUGAGCUCACCCAUCUGCAAGCCAAACUGACUGAGACAGAGAAGUGCCUCACAACUGCCUUAACAGAGAAUCGGAGUCUCCAGGCAAAAUUAGAUAAAGGUGCUGAGUUGUACAAAGAAGAAAUUGAUCAUCUCAAAACACAAUUGGUAAAAUCUGAUAUGGAAAGAAUGAAACAAUCCAACUCUUUUGAUAUGAAGCUUGCUAAUUAUAAAGCUCUUGUAGAACAUCAAGAACAACAGUUAAGAAAGCUAAAAGAAGAACUCAGAAGAGCAAAGCAAGAGCACGAUGUUUCUGUGGUGCUUGAAAAAGAAGCUUCUCAGCAAGCCCAACCACCUCUUACUUGUGGUGGUGGCAGUGGUAUUGUGCAGAGCACACAGAUACUUGUUCUAAAAUCAGAGCAAGUUAAGCUGCAAAAAGAGAAUUUGUACCUGAAGAAACAAAAUGAUCUCCUGCUAAGUAAUGAGCUUCAACUGAAAGAAGAGCUUAGGAAAUGGAAGGAAAGAGCAUUUAAAUGGAAAGAAAGAUCCUCAAGAGAAACUGCUCGAGAGACAGCAUCCAGGUCUCCAAGGAAGGCAAUAUCCUGUUCCCUUAAGGAGCAGAUGCCUUCACCUUGCAAGGAGUCUGCUUCUCAAGAAAUGGUGACUCAAGACUUACCAAUGAAUCUGCCACCAGCUUGUCCAACAAAUUUCUUUGAUAAUUCCAGCUUGGGUACACUGACAGAUACACGACCUGCAGGAGUAGAGCCAACAGAAGAACAUCUUAAGUUCUGGUUUGGAUCUUCAGAGAAAGAUAAAGCUCCUGAUUGCACCACCCAGUAAAGGUGCUCUGUAACCUACCUUUGCAGUGACUACAGCAAGAAUCUGCAUAUACAGAAAAUAAGUGCUUCAGAUCAAAAGCCAUCAGCAU